UUAUUACCAAAACACAUAUUUCUACUCUUCUUUUUUUUCCUAUUGUUUUAAUUUUCACAAACACCAUUAUCCCCUUCUUCUUCUUCCUUUUUCACAAACAUGUCCACUUAAAAAGAAGAUAAAAGAUAAAAAUCAAAAUCUUUGCUCUUCACUUUUUCUUCACUUACACACUUGGCUUUUUUUUACUCUUUUUUCCACCUAAAUCUAUCAUCAAGAAUCAAACUUGAAGUUUGUUCAUCUCUCUUUUUCCACAUCUUGUUUAUGUGUGUUUGCAACUUUUUACUUUUAUUUUUCAUCAAUUUUGGGGUUUUUUGAGGUAUUAAAGAAAAAAAAAGAACAAAUCUUGAAUUGUCAUAUAAUUUUGUUUGCUAUCCAAUAUGCUCUUAGAAGGGGUUUUUGUUCAACAAAACUCAUCUUCAUCAAAACAAACCCCGGAUCUUUCUCUUCAUAUUAGCCCUCCAAAUUCAUCAUCAUCAUCAACACGUACAACACAUAAUAAUAGUUUGACUGAGCUUUGUUUAGCUCAUCCAACUACUACCAAUAAUGAAGAAAAUAAGAGUUUUUCAAGAAAUCCUUUUCUCCAACAAAGCCAAAACAUGAAUAGUUAUCAUGGGGUUUCUUUAUUAGACCCUAUAAAGGGUAUCCCAAUUUAUCAUCAUCAUCAAGAUCCAAAGAGAUCAUCAUCAUUUGGAUCCAUUUAUCAUAAUAAUUUGGAUCAUAUAUCAUAUUCGAAUAAUUCCUAUGUUACAAAUGUUGCUUCCUCUUCUCCUUAUAAUCGAAUACCUAUUGUGGCUAAUAGAUUUCAAAAUCAACAACACAUAUAUUAUAACGGAGUUGGAUUAUUAGGUUCACCUUCUUCUCAUGAAAGUAAUAAUUUUUUGAUGAGAUCAAGAUUUUUACCUAAAUUUCCAACUAAAAGAAGCAUGAGGGCACCGCGAAUGCGAUGGACAACUUCACUUCAUGCUAGAUUUGUUCAUGCUGUUGAGCUUCUUGGUGGACAUGAAAGGGCUACUCCAAAAUCAGUAUUGGAGCUAAUGGAUGUCAAAGAUCUCACUCUAGCUCAUGUCAAAAGUCAUUUGCAGAUGUAUCGCACUGUUAAAACUACUGACAAACCUGCAGCUUCCUCAGAUGGAUCAGGUGAAGAAGAUUUGUUAGCUAUUGACAAGAUUUUGGAUCAAAGAGGUCCAUUAGAUGGAUGUGAUGAACCUUCUACAACUCUUUGGAGCAACUCCUCAAGUAGAGAAAGAUUGUCACAAGCUAACUUUAAUGAAUCAAAUGGACUCAUCAGAUCAUCCUCUUUCCCAUCUCAACAAAGAUUCAGCCAUCAUAUAGAGGAAUGUGAAUAUUCAAGAGCAAUGAGCUAUGUAGGUUGCAGUUUGGAUCAGAAAAACCCUAGCUUGGAGUUCACAUUAGGAAGAUCAGAUUGGGUAGAAAAGAACCAUGACUAAAAUUUGGGCAUCCAACACCUUAAAACAUAUUAAUUUUAAUUUUUUUGGGUUUUUGGUUUAAGCUGAUUUUUCUAAUUUUAUUAUUUUUUUUGUAAUUUGAGAUGAGAAAGGUAUGUGACAUCAAGAUUGAAAUAUUAAGAUCUACUACUAAAAAAAAAAAGGAAUGGUUUUCUUAAGUUCCCAUGUAGCUUCAACUAAGUUGUGACCUACCUAUAUAUAUAUAUAUAUACAACUUAAUUUUUUUUCUAGAGUUUUGUUAAUUAGACUUUUUUUUUUCCUUUGUUUAAUUUGAGUUCUUGGGUUGUUUAUGACUAUGUAAUAUAAAAGUUGUUGGAGUUCUUUUGGUUGUCUAUGAAGCAUAGAGUUUCUCUUAUGUGUAUUAUAAUAAUAUAACUAUUCUAGUGGAA